UUCUUCCUCAUCUUUCCUCUUUCUUCAACAUUUUCUUCUCUUCUUCAUCACAUUACUUCUGGUUUUACACCUUUUUUCUUCUCCAUGAGGAAAGGGAGAGGCUCUUCCGUCGUUGGACCCGCCCUUCCAGUAACCGCCGGUGGAUCUGUGAAGGAGCCGAGGUAUAGAGGCGUUAGGAAGAGACCUUGGGGUCGAUUCGCGGCUGAGAUCCGUGAUCCAUUAAAGAAGUCUCGUGUUUGGCUCGGUACUUUCGAUUCCGCCAUAGAAGCUGCACGCGCUUACGAUACCGCCGCACGUAACCUCCGUGGUCCAAAGGCUAAGACCAAUUUCCCGAUCGAUUGCUCUCCUUCUUCUCCUCUCCAACCUCUCAACUACCUCCAGAAUCAGAAUCAAAAUCAGAACCUCUGUUCUCCUGCGGCGAAUCAGAACCAGAUCGAUCCGUUUAUGGACCAUCGGUUAUACGGCGGAGGUAAUUUUCAGGAGCAGCAACAGAUUAUUAGUCGGCCGGCGAGUAGCAGUAUGAGCAGCACCGUCAAAUCGUGUAGCGGACCGAGACCGAUGGAAGCCGCGGCGGCGUCUUCGUCGGUGGCGAAACCGUUACAUGCGAUAAAGAGAUAUCCGAGGACUCCACCGGUGGCUCCGGAGGAUUGUCAUAGCGAUUGCGAUUCUUCGUCGUCGGUUAUUGACGACGGAGAUGAUAUAGCAUCUUCGUCUUCGCGCCGGAAACCGCCGUUUCAGUUUGAUCUUAAUUUCCCGCCGUUGGAUGGCGUUGACUUAUUCGCUGGCGGGACAGAUGAUCUCCACUGUACCGAUCUACGUCUAUGAUUUCGUGGUAAAAAAAAAAAAACCAACAAGAUCCGUUGAUUUACACAAAUUUUUACAAAAUGAAAAUUUUAUGCUCCUUUUUUUUUUCAUUUUCCUUUGAUAUCAUAUUGAAAGAAAAAAAAAAGGAAGAACAAAAAAAAGAUUGAGCGUGAUGAUUUUUAUCAUCAACGAAGAUGAUGACGAUUAAAAAGAAAGAGAGAGAGAGAGAGAGUGUGUUAAGAUCUGUUACUGUAAGAACCAGAUCUGGGUUUCGUUUAUCUGUUUCAUAUAAAAAGAUCAACCCUUUGUUAUA